CUCAGAGCUCCACUAUCCAUUUGACUUCUGCAGGUUCCUUCUUCUUGGGCAGUUGGAUUAUCCUGUAUUGCAACAAAGAUGUCUCUUCACCAAGACCAGCAGCAAUGCAAGCAAGGCAUCACCCUGCCGCCGGCACUCUGUAAGGAAAAAUGCCCAGAAAUGGUGCCGUGUCCAGAGCCGGUGAAAUGCCCUGAGCCAAUACCAUGUUGUCCAGUGAAGCCACCAUGCAAGGAACCACCAGUCCCAAUUCCUACUCCAUGCCCUGAGCCAAUACCAUGUCCUCAACAGAAGCAACAGUGCAAGUUGCCACCAGUCCCAGUUCCUCUUCCACACCCUGAGCCAAUACCAUGUUCUCCAGAGAAGCCACCAUGCAAGGAGCCCCCAUUCCCACAUCCUCUUCCACACCCUGAGCCAAUACCUCAUUGUCCAGAGAAGCCGCCAUGCAAGGAACCAAAAGUCCCAGUUCCUCUUCCACACCCUGAGCCAAUACCUUAUUGUCCAGACAAGUCGCCAUGCAAGCAACCACCAGCCCCCGUUACUCCUCCAUGUCCUAAGCCAAUACCAUGUUCUCCAGAGAAGCCACCAUGCAAGGAACCCCCAUUCCCACAUCCUCUUCCACACCCUGAGCCAAUACCAUGUCCUCAACACAAGCAACAGUGCAAGUUGCCACCGGUCCCAGUUCCUCUUCCACACCCUGAGCCAAUACCUCAUUGUCCAGAGAAGCCACCAUGCAAGGAACCAAAAGUCCCAGUUCCUCUUCCACACCCUGAGCUAAUACCUCAUUGUCCAGAGAAGCCGCCAUGCAAGGAACCCCCAUUCCCACAUCCUCUUCCACACCCUGAGCCAAUACCUCAUUGUCCAGAGAAGCCGCCAUGCAAGGAACCAAAAGUCCCAGUUCCUCUUCCACACCCUGAGCCAAUACCAUGUCCUCAACAGAAGCAACAGUGCAAGUUGCCACCAGUCCCAGUUCCUACUCCAUGCCCUGAGCCAAUACCUUGUUCUCCAGAGAAGCCGCCAUGCAAGGAACCACCAGCCCCCGUUACUCCUCCAUGCCCUAAGCCAAGACCUUGUCCAGAGAACCCACCAUGCAAGGAGCCACCGGUCCCAGUUACUCCUCCAUGCCCUGAGCCAGUGAAAUGCCCACCUUGUGUGAAGACGUGCCCACCCAUUGAACAGCAACAAUGCAAGCAGCAAUGCCAGUUGCCACCCAAUUGGAAAUAACCUGCAAAAAACAAUGAGCGUCAUGGAACGAAAAGCAGAGUGCAAACUCAUGGCACCGAUUCCUGUGGCUUCUCGUUGGUCAUUUUGCCUCAUCCCCUCAUUUCUUUAAGGGUAUUCUGUUCAGAUGCACAGCUUCCCACCCAUGUGUUAAUUCUAUGGCUCGAUACGAUAGUUCUGCUAAUAAGUGACAUGGUGUUUCUGACUUUUUUUUGUAUGCACUGCUAGAAAAAGGUACUUCAGAUAGAACUUGUAUAAAACAUGCUUUGAAGAUCUAAUAGCAUUCUUCUCUCCUAGUUCUAUUGAUCCUCACAGAGCUAAAGUAGGUGAUGCUGAGGGAGGUUGGAACCAGGACUGCCUCCGCUGAGGUUCAAACUUAACUUGACAACAGUUAGGUGGCAGGGGAGCUAGGACCACUGUCCAUCAUGAUGACUGGUACUGUCUCAUUGUUUUCUUCUGCUCCCCCAUCAGUCUGUCUGUAUCCAUGUGCUGUCCUUUGUUAUAUACUUAGA